AUGUUGACUAAAACACAGUCAUGUUCAAUUUUCUGUCGAAGGUUUUAUAAUCAAAAAUCUGUGGAUUUAUCUGAUCCAUCCAUUAGGAAGUAUUUGAAUUAUUUAAUAGUGGAAAACGAAACUCUCGUCGCGAAAGAAGACAAGAGUUCAGCUGAAGUCAAGAGACUUCGUGAAAUAAAACCAGUUGUGGAUAUCGUAGCGCAGAGUAAUAGUUUUAAAUCGCUGAGGGCAAAUAAGGAAGAUAAAGGAGAUGAAAAAGUUAAGGAAAUGAUAAAACAAGAAACUCGUAUACACCAGACGCGUGACCAAGAACUCCACCGUCGACUGCAGUGCACGCUACUGGAGCCAUGUCUAAUAGACAGUGGUGUACUCUUGCAACUAACAGCUAGGAAAGGAGAACAAGCCACGCAGUUUGCUGAAAUAUUAUACCAGCUCUAUACAACUUAUGCAGGCUACAAAAAUUGGGACGUGGACCGUGUUUCUCUAGACAAGUCCAGUGUUUUAGGCAUUAACAAAGCGUCGAUGUUGAUAAGUGGACUUGGCGCCCUUCAACUUAUGAGUUUCGAGGCUGGAAUACAUGAGAAAAUACCCAAUGCAAGUGAGACCGAUGAUGCCCAGUCUAGUCAUGUUCACGUAGCUGUUUUCUCUCAACCUAAUGAUGUAGAGUGGAAUAUCGCACCGAGUGAAAUGGUAAUAGAUACAGGAAUCCCUAGCAGUCCUGAUCAUUUUACUGCUUACACUAAGUACACCGGCGUCCGCAUCACGCAUAUACCUACUGGAAUUGUAGUACGUUGUAGUGAAGAAGAUACAUGUGUGAGAAAUGAAGAGAUUGCCAAGCAAACAUUGAGAACGAUUUUAUUUCAUAAAAUGUUAGUGGAAGAAUCACUAAAUUCUAACACGGAAGGAAAAUCCCUUGAUUGCUCCAAGAAGCUUGAGAAGAUCCGCACGUAUGAUUUCUGCGAGCAGGUUGUGAUGGAGCACCGCGGCGACGCCAGCGCACGUUACAACCUCGAGGGAUUCAUGCAGGGCAAGGACUAUCUCGAGAGCCUGCAGGACAACUUGCUGAGAGAGCAGCGCUACCAAGCGCUCAUGGCCGACAUUGAUGCUGUCCUCAAGAAAGAUAAAACAGACAAUAUUGGCAAAAAUCAAGACAAAGUGCAAGAAAUCUUCGCAUUUUUCUGA